UAUACUUUUCAAUAACAUAAGGGAUGUUGUGAUGAUCGCAAGCUGCAGGUUAAAGGAUCACUCGGUUGUUGUCUAGGGUGCUCUAAGGUUACCUACUUGACCACUACCACACCAAGUUCACUUCCGACGCGCUUCAACUAUUUCCCUUCACUUCACUACACUUUACUUACAACUUCAGCUCCCACCAAUUUAAUUGCUUUUUUUCCCACCAAAUUUGCAAAACGUCAACAUAGGAAUUCAAAUAUUGCAGCUAAAAGCUGGAUAUUCCGAAUUGACGGAAACAAGCUAAGAAACAUGGAAAGAAAGAGAAAAUUACCUGCGAGGUCUUCCCGCGGAGGAGAGCCUGCAAGCAAAAAACGAACUGCUACACCUCCAGAUCGAUCAAUUUCUGCGACUCCCCAACCACCUAUCGAAGAGCCUCUGCCAAAGAAUAUUGUUGCCGGCAUGCCUUUGCCUACUGUCAAUGAGCCUCAACCCGAAAAUCUUUCUUCCAAAGAAUUCCAAACAAUUUCCGAAAGGUAACUUUCUGUACCUCAUACCCAAGUUAUUGAAGUUGAUCCUAACAUUUUACAGUGGAGUUCUUGCGGAAUCACUACAAAGGUCACGACAGAAAUGGGUCAGCGAAGGUAUAUUUGAGAAGUACUGGACGAAACCGACAAAGAAGAAAGGUGUGCCUGCAGAACCUUUGAACAAUCCAGGAAAAGAUACCAUGACGAAGCUUGGAACAUGCCAAAUAACUAUCGAGCCUCAUGUUUUUGAUGCUACGAUGUAUGCUAUCAAGGAGCCAAAGUCCGCCUUUCAACCUGCUCAACAACAACAAACCUAUCGUCCAAUUAUCCAAUAUGGUCCUCCAAAUGGAGUUAUGCCAGCACCUCCUUCCACCCAAGCACCAAGUCCGAUACAACAGAAACCAUUCCCAGCAACACAGCCGACAAUACAAGCAGUGGCCCCAAAAAAUACUGCACCAACCGCUUCCAUGGUUGCUACUCCUCUUUCUACUGCUCAAGCACCACCAAUGAAUAGCGCUUUAAUGAAUGGACAAAACCCUACGCAAGGCCCAAAGAACCCGAAUACCAAUUUACCUCAUCCAACUAACGCACCACCACCUGCCCAACCAAAUAAAAGUACAGAUCCUGUAAUCCAAAUGUUGGCGGAGAGGGCGGCGACGGAUGCCGGUUUAAAAGCCUUAAUGAGGAUCGUGGCAAAUGGCGAAGCGUCACCUGCUGAACUUAAAAAGUUUCAAAAUCACAUUGAUGAACUAAAUCGGCUGUUGAAGGCACGUCAGCCUGCCCCGCAGCCAUCCUUCAAUAAUAAUACACAAACAUCACUACCACCUGCCGCUCAGAGUACUGGGCUGCAAAAUACACCGGUCGCCAAACCUGCCUUGCCUCCCACGCCUGCACCUGCUCCCGGGCCACCUCACCAACCUCAAGCCCUUAGAUCAAAAGGCCCUGUAGCUCCACCCAAGCCGGACAUUUCGGGUGUUGUAUUCGAGUUCAAUGGAGGUAACGGCGAUCGAUACCUUUUUCCGAAAUACAGUAUCCUUGACUAUCUUCCCGGUGGCCAAGUCAUAGCCUCGUUUCUUAUUGUCCGUAAAGGCAGUAGCAGUGACUCUGGCUCGUAUGAUCCUGAGCUCGAUUAUUACCAACCAGUCACAAUUCGUCUUUACACUCACCAAGGUAAACAACUCGAUUCAUUGCAAAAAGUUGUUGCCUCCCCAGACGAGGUCCGAAGAUAUAUGGAUGAUAUCAUGGAUAACAUGACAAGAGCGGAAUAUGUUCUGUUGGCCAUGCGUUUACCCAAGGAUCCUGAAUCUGAAAAGGAAGAUGCACCCACGAAAUCAUCAGAUCAGCUAGAAUCUGACACCAAUAACAAUUCUAGUUUACCACUCUGGCAAACUACAAAUGCACCACCACCUCCACCAGUGGCAAAGUUACCACCUUCGAAAAGACUUCUCACAGAAGAAGAGAAAUAUCAAUCUUUUAUUACAUCAGUCAGUUGAAAUUUUUUGGUUGAGUAUGUCUAUAGGAUAGACCAGUGGAUUUCAUUUGUUUGUAAUACUAUAACUGGACGGCGUAAUGAAAUGAAAAGGAAAUAUGGAUGGAUGGAUCGGGACACUGGAAAACGGCGGGAAAAGAUUGAGAUACUCAAGGACUCAUUUUUACGGAAUGACGGGAGGCUAACAAGGGUACGGAUGGAAUGGCGUGUCGAGGCACAGGAAAGUCUAUUAAUUAUAUCUUUGGUCAAAGAUUCCUUUUCAUUCUAUGGUUUAACUUUUUAUUAAUUUGAUGUACACAUGCAUGACAUUCAAGACGGGGGAACUACAUUAUGAAGGGUUGAUGUAUAUGUAUUCUAGAUCGAAGAUGAAAAGAAGGCGACUAGAGUAGAGGCAAGAAUCACAACUAA